AUGUGCAAGUUCUUUAUUGCCCCUAAGCAGCAGCAGCAGCAGCAGCAGCAGCAGCAGCAGCAGGGGAGUUGCAGCAGCAGCAGGAGUGGCAGCAGCAGCAGCAGCAGUGGAGUUGCAGUAGCAGCAAAAGUGGCAGCACGCAGCGGCAGAAGCAGCAGCAGUGGAGUUGCAGCAGCAGCAGGAGUGGCGGCAGCAGCAGUGGAGUUGCAGCAGCAGCAGGAGUGGCAGCAGCAGCAGUGGAGUUGCAGCAGCAGCAGGAGUGGCAGCAGCGGCAGCAGCAACGGCAGUACAAGAGUCGCAGCAGCAGCAGGCGUUGCAGCAGCAGCAGCCGCAGCAUGA